AUGCAACAAAUUGUGAUUGCGCUUUGUUUGUGCGCUAUUAUUGAACGAGUGGCUAGUGUCGACUGCGUUUCUGAACGAGGAGAAGAUCUUCGCGCUUUGUUGAGAUUGCGAAAUUUCACGGUAAUGAAAUCACAUAUGUGCUACAUACGACUCCAUUACGACAUCGCAGCGGAAAUGGUUGUUAUGAUGGAAAUGUACGGCCUGGAUGAAAAGAUACAUGAGGCACCUGACAUAUUAUAUAUCGAUCGUCAUGGUGAAUAUGGUGUAAUGAAGAUGACGCUAUGCUGUGGCUACUCGUUGUGUAACCUCCCCAACAACCUUUUGGGGAAGAUUCAUGACACGGAGAAAGAUUCGGAAGACUUCAAGUACAUACAUCUUUUCCUAACUGGUAUAGGUAGGCGAUUGCGAGUGAAGGAAGAAGAAGAAAUACCACGUCAGUCCUUAGCAAUUUGUUCUAAAGUGGAUUUUUGA